CACUUUCAAAAGUCCCAGACGAGACGUAUUAUUGUCUGAACACUUCAAUAGCUCCCCUCUCUCUUCUUCUUCUUCAAAUUUUUUUCCCUUUGUUUUUCUUCUGUCACAGCACAGAUCAAACAAUUCACAUUCAAUUACACCAAUCUCUAUCUCUCUGUUUAUGUCUCUGUCUCUCUUUUUGUUUGUUUGCUGGUGAUUUUGUUUCUGAUUUUUUUUUUCCUUCCUUCCUUCCUGGGCUGCUUCAGAUUUCUGUAAUAAUUAUAGUGAGUAAUCAUGAGCGGGAAUUCUUCAUCUUCUUCUAGGGUUUCAAUUCCAAACAAUGUUAAGAAGAUGAUCCAGAACAUUAAAGAGAUCGCUGGUAAUCACAGCGAUGAUGAGAUAUAUGCAAUGCUCAAAGAGUGUUCUAUGGAUCCGAAUGAGACUACUCAGAAGCUUUUGUAUCAAGAUACAUUUCAUGAGGUUAAGAGGAAGCGUGACAAGAAACAAGAGAAUGCGAGCAACAGAGAACCUUCGGAUUCCAGGUGGAGACCAGGCCCACAGGGACGAGCGGGUAGGGGGGGUCAGGGUAACCAUUCUACUCGUCACAUUGUUCAUGAUGCUGGUGGAAGGACUGCUGGGAAGGAAUACGGAGUCAGUCAAGGAACAGAGAAAGGUGUCGCACCAGCUUCUACACCACCUUCUCAGCAGAUAGAAAAUAAGGCAACAAUUUCCCAUUCAAGCUCUGUAGUACCUACAAAUGACGGUCCAAAUAAUGCUGCUCAUGGACUUCGAAAUGCCUCUGCAGGCCAUGGCACCAAUCAUCUUGUAGAGACUUCAGUUUAUGGUGCCAGUAAGCUGGGGAGUGUACUACCACCACCUGUCAAUGCGGUCAAAGGUGGCACAGCUAUCCAUGAAAUGGGUGAUCAACGAACAGUUGUUUCUUCGAGUCAUGUAGUUCCUGCUGAGAGCAAAUUGAUCGCCUCCGCAAAUGUAGGAGAUCAUCAUCAAGUGGGCAAACUUGUGUCUCAUGAUGCAAACAUUUCUCAGUUUUCACCAUUGAUAAACGAAAAAUCAACUUCAGACUUCGAAAACUCUUUCAUGCUUGAAAAGAUUCCUAACAAAUUCCAGGGAGAUGAAAAGUCUCAGGUCUUGGAAUCAUCACAACCUUCGUUGUCGUCUAUUCCUGGUGGAGUUUAUGCUGGUAGACCUUCAUCUAGUUAUGGUAGCAGGUCGCAACAACUUAUCGCCUCUCAGAAAGCUGUAGGGCCGAUUAAGGAGUGGAAACCAAAACCAAUAACCCCUAAUCCAGCCGUAGUGUUUGGAGCCAUUGGCACAUAUGAAGCCGAAGCUGGUGCCGAAUCAUUGCCUACAGUCGGUGCCUCUUCUUCUGAGACUGAGACCUCAAACCUGCAGAAGAAGUUACAAGAGUUGCAUUUUUCGCAUGGGCAGCAUGUUAUCAUUCCAAACCAUCUCCAAGUUGCUGAAGCUGAAAGAUCUGGCUUGAGUUUUGGAAGCUUUGAUGCCAACUUUGUUGUGAACUAUGGUGAUUUCUACGGCAGUAACAAGAGCCGAACACCUGUAUCUGAAACCUCCGAAGGGAUUGAAGAAGCUGAUGAGGAUCAUUCAUCAAGCAUUCAAAAUACGUCCCCAAACUCUGAUGAAGGAGAUUAUCAUAAUGAUGCACCAUCUCCGAGGGAUAUACCAGAAAAUUCAACUCCUGGAGAUGCAGAAACUGCAGUGCCGGAAUACGACCACUCCAAGCCAGAGAUGGCUCAGCCACCCGUGGGUCCUCAUUAUUCUGUCGUUCAUACUGCACCAACUUACUCCACUUUCGGAUUGAUGCCACCUAUGCUAGGAACUCAGUUUGCUCCAUUUGAUAGCUCCGAGCCUCAGGCACGUGAUGUCUCCCGUCUUCCAGGCUUCGUCAGUGGGAAUUCUAUGGUUCUAUCUACAGCUGGUCCAACCCCACUUGUGACCCAGGCUGCCGGAGUGAUGCAGAGCUCUGUACCUAUGACCCAGCAAUCAGUUCCUGUUUUUCGGCAACCUGCCGGUGUACUGUCCCAUUAUCCUCCUAAUUACAUUCCAUAUAGCCAAUUUUUCUCCCCAUUCUAUGUACCACCUCCAACAAUUCACCAUUUUUUGAGCAACCCUGCUUUCCCUCAGCAACCUCCCACUGGCAGUGUAUAUCCAUCUCCUGCAGCUGCCAGUGGCAUCAAAUACUCUUUUCCACACUAUAAACCUGGAACUAAUACAGGAAAUUCAGCCCAUAUCGGAAUUCCAACCGGUUAUGGACCAUAUAGUUCCUCCUCAGCUGGUUAUGGUCCUAGUCCAGCUACGACUGCUGCUAACUCAAAUGGCAGUGAGGAUCGUGCUGCACCUCAGAGCAAGGAAAAUAAUGUCUAUAUCACCGGACAACAGAGUGAAGGUUCAGCUGUCUGGGUUCCCGCACCGAGCCGUGACAUUUCUGGAAUGCAGGCUAGCUCAUUCUACAAUCUUUCUCCGCAAGGGCAGCAUGUUACCUUCCCACCACAAGGCGGCCAUAGUGCAUUUGGUGGAGUAUAUCACCCCGCACAGACGGUCUCUGCUGCAUCUGUGCAUCCACUGCUGCAACAGUCCCAAAUGGCUGGGGGUGUAGAAAUUUUGGGACCAACAACUGGUAUUUAUCAACAGCCUCAACGUGCUCCAAUCAACUGGACCAAUAAUCACUGAAAUAUGGUAUAAAAAUUCUUGCGACUCAUAGAACAAAGAGUACCCAGUUAAUCUAGGGAUUUUUGAAGAAGAAAUGUUAUGGAAGGAGGGAAAGCAUCAAGAUGAAGAUACAGCAUUGGCCUUAUUGGAGCAUGUAAAUAUGUAAAAGGUGAAUCAUUUUUUGGGCACUACCCAUAUUUCUUUGGGGACUGCUGGAAAGAGACAAAAUAAGGUUAUCCUUAAGUAAAUCUCAUAGUCCCUUGUCCAUAUAUUUCUGUUAAUUGCUAAAAUGUUUUUGUGUUAUUAUUUGUUAAUCAUUGGUAAGACAGUAAACUAAUUAUAGAAGUAUGAUUAGAUUA